AUGGACGGCGGGGCACGGGGCGCGCUGACGGAGUUCUACGCGGAGGCGUUCGCCGAGUACCCGGGCGCCAGGUGCCUCGACGUGGGCGCCGGGAGGUUGAGCCAUUACCCACAGUCCCGCACAUGGGAGCACAUGUCCAUUACGGGUCUGAUGGAGUUCGAACUGCAGGGCAAUUCGCAGGCAGACGAUUUCGCCGUCAGGGACCUCAACAAGAUCCCAGAGCUGCCGUACUGCAGCGCUUCGUUUGACAUCGUGACUUGCGCCGCGGCGUUCAAGUAUUUCGUAAGGCCGCUGGAGAUAUUGAGGGAGAUGGGCCGUGUCCUGAAACCUGGCGGUGUCCUGAUCUUGUCAACGAGCAAUCGAAUGUUCGAGGAGAAGGCCGUCAGGUGCUGGCGCCAGACCAGGGACGACGUGGAGCAUUGCCUGAUCUACGCAUCGUUCGUGCAUUACAGCGGCCUCUUCGAGCGGCCGCUCGCCCGAGACGUGACACCGCUGCUCGCGAAGGUGGGCAUCGGCGACCCGAUGUACGUUGUCUUCGCCAAGAGAUCGCAGUGA